GCAUAUUUAUAUUGUGCAUCAGGGGUACUGAAAAAUCUUAAGACGCACCUGAUAAAAUUACGCUGAUUCGUCAUUCGUGAGUCAAGAAUUAAUAUUUGGGGGGCUUAAUUGAAGAAAUGGAAGGGGCGUAUCAUUAUAUAUAAAUAAAAUAGUAAUAUCCAUUCAGUAUCUAUUUGAAUUUGAAGCAUAAACUCUUGAGUCCGUCAGUUUACUCAUUAAAAUGAAAGCGAUAAUUACUAUAAUUCUUGCGGCAAGUUUUUUAGCAAUAACUAAUGCUCAUACCUAUCAUAUGGGAGAAUGUCCUGUUGUAGAACCAAUGCAUGGAUUCCAAAUGAGUAAAUUUUUGGGAUACUGGAAUGUCAUUCAAAAAACUUCAACAGCUAGUAAAUGCGUAGGAUAUAAUUACACACGUGGUGAUGAACCUGGACAGUACACAAUUAUUCAAGAAUCGAAUCAUCCUGUGUUAGGUCUUACGCCCCUGAAACACGAGUAUCGUUAUACUGGUGAAUUAACUGUGCCAGAACCAAGUACACCAGCACUGAUGCAAGUUCGGUUUCCAUUAAGUGUUGCAGGAAGUGCAUCUCAUGUUGUUUUUGCAACAGAUUAUGAUAAUUAUGCAGGUAUUUUUACUUGUCAAAAACUUGGAUUCGCUCAUCGCCGGAGUGCAACUAUUUUAUCACGGACAAAAGAACUUGACAAAUCGAAAGUUGAUGCUCUGCGUAACAAAUUAAGUAGCUUCAAUGUUGAUCCUUUUGAUCUAAGCAUUGUUCCUCAAACUAGAUGUGAUGUGGGCCAAGAUCCAGUUAAAAUUGAUAUUAAUCCCGAUACUUUUAGUUCAGAAAAUGUCGGUAACAUUUUCCGUAAAGCUGGAGGUAAAAUCAAAGAUGGUUUUGAAUGGGUAGUAAAUGCAGGAAACAAAGUUUACCAUAAAAUAGCGGGUUCAGAGUCAGACAAUUCGGAUAAAGAUGAUUUAAAAAAUCAACAUCCUGCAAAUGUAAGGCCCAUUAGCCAUCCGAAAAUGGAACCAUCCGAAACCAAUGAAGUAGAAUGGAUUCCUUAAAAAUAAAUCAUUGAUCUUUUUAUUUACGACUGAUAAUGCAUUUUUUUAUGAAAUUUGAAAAAUAUUUUUAGCAUUUAUUUAUCAAAAUAAUAAAUAAUUAAUAUUUUUAUAUUUACUCCUUGAAAUUUUGUGAUAUAUAUUCAAUGUGUAAUUUAGAAUAGUUUAAUAAAAAAAUAGAAUUUGUCAUAUA